CAUUUCGGUUUUCCAUUUCAUUGAUAGUGUGGUUGAUUUUGCCGCGUUCGCUUGUGAUCCACAUGUUGAAAUACUAAAGUCAGACAUAAACGAAGCCGGCUAAACUAGUCUAUUACAACUCAGACGUGACCUAAAACGUUGAGUUGUGCACCUUAGUUAUAAAUCAUUUAAUUUGCUGUAAAAUACCAACGUCAAAAUGUUUUGGGGACUGAUUAUGGAACCGAACAAGCGGUACACCCAAGUGGUGGAGAAGCCGUUCCACAUCUCACAGGCAGCUAUGGACAUCUCAACAGGGGACAAUGAUCCCUGCCAAGUCAUGGUUGUAGUUGACGGCAAGAACUUCCUGGUGUGCACAUUACAGAAGGGCAAGAAUAUCCAAGUGCUCCUGGACUUGUACUUCAAGACCGGAGACUCAAUCUCCUUUUUGACAAAUGGUAAAUGCAAUGUCCACUUGACUGGUUACCUGGACCCUGAGUUUGAGGAUGACUUGGAAGAGGAGGAGGAGGAGGAUGAAGACGAGGAAGAGGAAGCCCCAACUCUAGUGCCCGCCAAGAACAAGAGGAAACUGGAGAACGCUAACGAUACUGCGGCCAACAAAAAGGCUAAGGUGCCUGAAAAGAAAGCUGGCAAGAAAGCACCUGCUGCUGAAAGUGAUUCAGAUGAUGAGGAUGAUGAUGAGGACCAACUCCAGAAAUUCCUGGAUGGAGAAGAUAUUGACACUGAUGAAAAUGAUGACUCUUUCAAAGUAAACACAUCUGCUGAGGGAGAUGACAGUGAUGAGGACGAUGACGACGACGACGAGGAAGAAGAAGACGAUGAUGAUGAUGAUGAAGAAGAAGAAGAAGAAUCACCUAAAAAGAAGAAGAAGAAGGGUGCUGCGUCCGAACAGGACUCCACACUGGACACCAGCAAGGAGGACGUGGACAUGUCCAAACUGUCCAAGUCACAGAAACGCCGCUUGAAGAAGAAGCUGCAGCAGCAGGCUAAGCAACAGCCCCAGGUGAAUGGAGUUGACAAGGCUAAGAAAGAAGAACCACAACAGAAGGCUGAAAAGAAGAAGCCAGAAGCAAAGAAAGAGGCUCAGGAGUCUCCUGCAGAGAAGAAAGAGAAGAAGCAGAUCGCCGGAGGUGUCUCUAUUGAAGACUUGAAGGUUGGAAGUGGACCUGUUGCAAAGGCUGGCAAAGUUGUUAUGGUGUACUAUGAAGGUCGCCUGAAGCAAAACAACAAGAUGUUCGACAACUGCGUGAAAGGACCCGGGUUCAAGUUCCGCCUAGGAUCCAAGGAGGUCAUCUCUGGCUGGGAUGCAGGUAUUGCUGGCAUGAAGGUCGGCGGCAAGAGGAGAAUUGUAUGCCCACCCGCGAUGGCAUAUGGAGCCAAAGGUUCACCCCCAGUGAUCCCACCGAACUCAACCCUAGUAUUUGAAGUUGAAUUGAAAAAUGUUAAAUAAGUCAAAUAUUGAAGGAGUGAGCCAGUAUGUCGAGGACAUUGUUGUUUUGCUUUAAUUGAAUGUUUAUUGAAAGGUUGAAUUUGAAUGGAUGUUGCAGGAAAGCAUGUUUGUUUAAAACUUCUAAUGUGAACUAUCUGCAAUAAAAUUAUUUUUGUACUUACAUAUAGCAGUAUAAUUGGGAGUUAUUAUGAUCCAUGGCUGAUCAUUCAAGUUCAUCGUUUAAAAUUUUAAUGUGUAGUUUUGGUAUGGAGUUGCACAUUGUGAAUCCCAUGGAAAUAAAUAAUGAAACCAUUUUUUUCAAUAGGUAUGAUUUAUUGUUAUAAGUAACCAUUUAUAACUCCAUUUAUAACUGUACUAUAAUUUUAUAUACAUAGUUACAUACUAAAUAAUAGUGUUGCAGGUGCAUCAUGUUAGUUUUGGUAUAAAGUGUAAGUUCAUUAAUAAGUUAGUUCAUAAGGAUUUAACUGGACACAACAGCUUCACUUGCCAGUGCAAAUUGACGAAAUAGAAACAAACUACUUUGACAUUAGAAUGAUGAAUGAGUUUCUGUUUGUGUCCAAUUGUACUAUGGAUCUU